CCCGUCCCACUAUUCUCUCGCCUGCGCUUCCGCCUCCCGAGUUGCGCCGCCGUCUCCAUCUCCACCCCUCCAUCCUCCGCGGCGCCCCUGCACUACGGCCAUCGCACUCCCCUCGCUAGCCCUUUUCCUCUGUCCCCACCUUGCCCGCGCAUCCUCCGUGCGGCCGUCGCGGUUUCUUCGCUGGAUCUGCGCCCGAUCACCGGCGGGUUCGCGCUAUUCAGCAUGGCUGCUGCCUCCUCCGCCACCUCCGUCCACGACUUCACCGUCAAGGAUGCUAGCGGGAAAGAUGUGGACCUUAGCACCUAUAAGGGGAAGGUUCUGCUCAUAGUCAAUGUUGCAUCUCAGUGUGGCUUAACCAAUUCCAACUACACAGAGCUGAGCCAGUUGUAUGAGAAGUACAAGGACCAGGGUUUUGAGAUCCUUGCAUUCCCAUGCAACCAGUUCGGUGGGCAGGAGCCUGGCACUAAUGAGGAGAUUGUCCAGUUUGCUUGUACUCGCUUCAAGGCUGAGUAUCCAAUUUUCGACAAGGUUGAUGUCAAUGGUGACAAUACUGCACCCAUUUACAAGUUCCUGAAGUCCAGCAAAGGUAGUCUCUUUGGCGAUAACAUAAAAUGGAACUUCUCCAAAUUCUUGGUUGACAAAGAGGGGCAUGUUGUGGAGCGGUAUGCACCAACAACUUCCCCACUGAGCAUCGAGAAGGACAUCAAGAAACUACUAGGGAGUUCUUAAACCUUGUAAUUGGAUUCAGUAGCCCUACCAAACUGCUGCUUUGCAUCGAGCACCUGAUGCCUCAGUAGCGUUUUAAUAAAGUUGUUUUUAUAACCGAGAUGUUUUGUAUUUCUUCUGUAUUCCCUGCUUUGUGGUAAAUGGCAUGUAAUAAAAAUGAUGCAAUCCACGAUUUAUCUUGAAAGGUUAUGUAUCCAGGUUGGUUGUUAUGAGAUA